UUCAUGAAAUUGAUUCAUAACGAUAAGUCAUUUUUCUAUAGUUUACACGAAAUUCCAACAAGAAAGCGCAAAAUAAUUUUUUUUAAAUACUUCUUUGAUGUAUUACAUGUUCCAAACGGAACGUGACGUUUACACAGAUAAAUAUGACAUAAAUUUAUAUAAAAUAAUAUAGAAAUGCAUAAACAUAGUAUAAUUCUGUAUUCAGUGAUUUCUAGUGAUUUUUGGAACACUUCUAAAUAUACAAGUUAUCCGUCAUUAGACAGAAGAUAAAUUAAAAAUUUACAGAAGGAAGGGAAUCUAUUCCUUAUUUCUAAUAUCGAAUAAAUAAGUAACUACAAAAAAAACUUAUUGAAAAUGUUUUCAAGCGGUCCUAAUUAUACAAAACUGAAGACACACCUAAGGUUAGCUAUAAACAGGUUGAAGCUUUUAGAAAAAAAGAAAACAGAAUUAGCUCAAAAAGCACGAAAAGAAAUAGCUGAUUACAUUGUGGCUGGAAAAAUUGAAAGAGCAAAAAUUAGAGUGGAACAUAUUAUAAGAGAAGAUUAUAUGGUAGAAGCUAUGGAAUUAAUUGAAAUGUAUUGUGAUCUCUUACUUGCCCGUUUUGGUUUAAUUCAACAAAUGAAAAAUUUAGAUGAAGGUCUAGCAGAAGCUAUUUCUACAAUAAUUUGGGCUGCACCUCGUAUUCAAACAGAUGUACAAGAGAUAAAAGUAAUUGCUGAUAUAUUAACUACUAAAUAUGGAAGACAAUAUACAGAAGCUUGCAAAGAAGAAGCUAUACAAACUAUAUCUGAAAAAUUAAAGCAUAAAAUGAGUGUACAGUCUCCAUCUAAACUUUUAGUAGAAAAAUAUCUAAUUGAGAUUGCAAAAAAUUAUAAUAUAAAAUAUGAGCCAGAUCCUCAAAUAAUGGCAAAAGGAGUAGAAGCUGUAUUAAUAGAUAUUGGAAGUAACAAUAGUGAUUCUAGAAAUAAUUUAGAUAUAGCUAGUGGUGGUAGUAAUGGACCACAACCAGCUGGAUUUAUUGGUUUUCCACAACCUCCUUUAUUACCAGAUCCAAACAUAAAUGCAAUGAAUUCUGAUAAAGGAAGUGCGCCUAUAGGAUUUAUACCUCCAAUGGGACCUGCUACUUUCUCAGAUAAAGAUCAAAACACACCCUUCAAUCCUGCAGCAUUUUCAUAUAAUAUACCAUUAGACAAUGCUAAUACAAAUAAGCCUGAAAAUGAUUUACCACCUUCAUAUGGCUCAUUCCCACCUGACUUAAAUAAACAAUCUGAUGAGAAACCAAAGCCUCAACCACGUUCAAAAAUUCCAAUGAAUAAUUUUCAACUUCCUGAUUUACCUGCUGUACCAUCAGAAAGUGAAUUACCUCAAAAUACAUCUGAAAAUGAUGAUAUAGAUUUUGAUGACCUAAUGAAACGCUUUGAAGACUUAAAAAAAAGGAAGUAACAGUAAAUUUUUCAUGUGAUAAUUAUAAUCAAAGCAUAUAAAAGUAUACUAUACUCUACUGGUUACUACAAUAAUUUACACAAAUGUAAAAAUAAUAUUACUUUUGAAUAUUAGUAAGUAAUAUAUAGAGAUCUAUAAAAUAAAAUCUAUAUAAAAUAAUGCUUUUUACCAGAUGCUAAUGUUUUUAUAAACACAAAAUGUAGGAUAAUAUUGUUGUAAACAUUUCAAAUAAAUAAAUACAGUUUAUUAAUUGUUAA